AUGUCUUCCUACAUAGAUUAUCAUCGUUUUCCCCGCGGCGAAAGCUGCACCGAAGAAGGCUGCAGAUCUCGAAAAUACUACAUCGAAGACGGCAAGAAAUUCUGCCAACGAGGUCACGAGCAAGCAGGCUUCACACAAACUCAGCAAGAUGAAGAUGAUUGGAAUCAGCAGGGAAGAAAGACCCGUAAAAAGAAAGAGGAAAAGGAAAAGGUUGAGAAGGUGCUUAGUGGUCUUGAUGCUUCAAAUCACUAUCUGGAAUGCUUCCAGCUUAUAUUGUGGAAACAAAGUCGUUGGUUGAUUGAAGUCAAGGGCUUCCCUCCAGAGUUAGAGACUGUUGUGAGAGAUCUGUGGACUUUGAGAAUACAGGAUUUUCAGAAGCCGGAAGAGAGGGGUGGCUAUGGGUCUACUAUGUUCAGUUCUCAGAGUGAGGGCGAGAAUACGGAUACAGAUGGAGCGAGAAGUAUGUCAUCAAAAAGGAGUAGGGGAAGCGUUGUGGGGAAGGAGAAGCUUCCAAAGUUGAUUGAGACACUGGGGCUAUGCUAUUUGGGUAUGUUGCUUUUGAGGUUGCCGGUGAGCUUAGGGGAGCUCUAUAAUUGGGCCGCAAAGGAGGAGAUGAUAUACACAAGAGCAAUCAAGGAGGUCCCCAAAGACAUGCGGACCAGAUUGCCGCCAUACUAUUAUGCCUCGUUAGAGAUUCGGGCACAACUCAGAGGCUCGUCUCUUUACCGGACAAUUCUUCAACUAGUCGAAUUCUACAACGACCAAUUCGAGAUGGUUUUCCCACCCCUCAACGUUCCAUUGCUCAUUUUCAAGCAUGUCAAGGACCUAGGCUUACCUGUCGAAAUAUACCCUGCCGUCCGUCGUCUCUCAACAAUACUAGGGUUCGAUUUUACAUAUCCAAUCCUAAGAAAAAGAGUCCAUGAAAUCCAAGCAUAUCCCGAGAUCCAGAUCAUAAGCAUGAUCAUCCUCGCAACCAAACUUAGCCAUCCGUUCGAUAGUAUCACUCGUAUCCCGGAAAGUGAUCUCGAUCCCACGGUCUUGAGAAUCGAUUGGGCGAAAUGGCGGAAUACUAUGCGAGAACGUUCUUCGGAGGGCUUGAAACGAGGUGAUGAGAUCAAGGUCACUGAUGUAGAUGUCUUGGGUAUGAGUGAGAAGAAGAUGGAUGAUUAUUUAGAUUGGUAUCAGAGGACCUGGAUUGAUGAUCGGGAUGCGAAGAUGGCGGAACAAAUACUUGAGCUUUUCCCGCUCCAAGAAUUGCCUCCAAAACCCGUUGUGGAACUAAUGCAAGAGCACACUAUCCCUCAUAUCAAGCAAAUACAACAAGACCUCAUAUCUCAGAAACCCCUACCUUUCGAAGAAGACGAGAGCGAAAGGAUUAACCGGCCCGGAGAACUGUACAGACGAUACAGGCACAUUGAAGAUCUUCCCGCGAACGCAAGAGCUUUCUAUGAAAAAUCCGCUGAGAAUACGGGGAUUUCCUUGCAAACACUAGUCAAAGGCGUAGUGCAACUCGAGACGCUGAUGGAGAAUUGGAAUCUAGCGGAUAGGAAAAGACGAUUGCUGGCUGAGCAGCAGAGUGUGUCAUCUUCGGAUGAUGAGGAUUGA